AUGCUUAAAGAAGACUAUGGUUACCCAGAUACUCUUGACUUUAGUGACAGAUAUAAAGAAGCUAUUAGAAAGUUCAAGGAAGGAAAUACUGACCCGAACCUAUUUAGCUUUAUGGCUCAGCACCAAAUGGGAUAUAAUUUCAAACCUGGAAAAUACAAGCUCGCUAAGGGAUAUGAUUUAAUAGCAUAUCAUCCAAAUGACAUGACUGAAUUUACUCCGAGAUAUUUGGUGUCAGAGCUAAAUGACAAUUCAACUCUCUUCAUGAAACGCGUAAAAAAUAAAGACGGAACGAAAGAAGAAAGGUUUAUGAGUCCGGAUGACUUAGAUAGGGAACUUGUUAAAAACGGUCUCGGAAUAUAUGAAAUGCCAGCAGAUGAGGUACAAGAAACUCCACAGGAAGAAGUUCAGAUACAACCAGACAUGGAAGAAAUAGUUCAGCAACAACAGCUAGAAGAGCCUGAAGGAAACGAACAAGUCCCUCCUUUGGAAACUAACUUCACAGAACUAGAUGAAGAUUUGGAACAGCCG